AUGUCGACUACUCUAAGCGAAAUCUACAACCCUGCCAUCCUAGGCUUGCCUCCCAAGGAUGUGGUGGAAGCCCACGCGCAGGUAUUCUUCCGUCAGAAGAGUAGAGAAAGAAACAACUCCACUAUCCGGAUACCUGAGGUCUACCACGCGUUUGAAGUGGGCGGGGCCAAGCGCAGGGGAUAUACCUACAUAGUCAUGGAGUAUAUUGACAUCGACCUUGAGCGAUCUGCUUCGGAUGAACAGAGAGCACGAGCCCUUUCCGAGUCGAUCAGUAUCCCACCGCCACCUGGGGUCUUUGGGAGCUUUACUGGUGGCACCUACAGGCAUCAUUUCUUUCGAGACAGCGAGCCUCCUGUUCCGUUUUCUUCUGCCGCAGGGCUUGAAGAUUAUCUCAAUAGACUGGAUUUCAGUACUGAACCGCUCCUAUGCUACUAUGCAGAUAUGCACCCAAGCAAUUUUCCCAUCGAUAAGCACGGCCAGCUCUGGGUGAUCGACUUUGACCAAGCCGGAGUUCUCCCUUCGAGCUUCAUGAAUUAUGCGAUCGCUGCGCAUCCUAAAAAGCGCCUGCCAGUCUCUACUAGGAAAACAAUCCCUUUGCCAAAGACAUCGAACCUGGGGUCCCUAGGUCGUGCCACCUACGUGGUCAAGACCAUCCAUAAUGACUUUCGUAUGCCUGAGUUAGCGUCAUUUGGUUGA